CUCGUUUAACGCAUGGCAUUGAAAGCUGGAUUUGUUUUGUACCAUUGGUAGCAGAGUAAACGGUUCAUACGCAGAUUUCUCCAAUCAGCUGCAGACGACACGGUCGGCCAUGGAUCGGCAAAUCAGAGAAAACAAAUUAUUUCUUUGCUGCUUCGUCACCGUUCUAGCGUUCGACCUAGUGGGACUCGCCAAGAUCGUCAUGGGCGCUAUCUACCUGCACCACUGCGACAUCGAGAAGAUGAUACCGAUCUACCUGAUCGUGAGCGGCGUGGUGCCGCUGUUGUUCGGCAGCCUCAUAGUCAACAGCUCACGUCGCCGUGACGAGGACGAAAACGUGGUGUCCGGUUCGCUCGAUAGGCUAUGUUGUGCGAUUCAGUGGGGCAUGAUGGCCUUCCUUAUCCAUACCAUCUGGCUCAUUUGUGGCACCAUAUGGGUGUAUUCUAACUAUUGGACGCUGACUUCAAAUCACGUGACCUGCUCGCAAAAUGUUAUACGCAACUGUGUUCAGGGCACGUGCAACAUGACGUUCCUGAAAUUCGCCUUCUCCAUGGUAACCAUAGACUGGAUAUGUUUGGCGAUCGUGGUGAUCUCUCUGAUGAUCUGCUGGAGAGCCCUGAAGCCCCGAAGAAAUUAGCAAUAACCAUCAUAUUAAAUAUUGUUCAAAUAUUGAAUACCUAUCACACUAAGAAUAUGAGUUCAUGAUGGAAAUUCUCUUUACACAACUUUUGAGUUUUGACACCAUAUACAAUUCAAAAUAUACAAUAAGAUAAGUGAUGAAAAUAAAUAAAAAAUAAAUCAG